AGUUCCAGAUAUCAGCUUGCAGAAAAUCAAUCCACAGUUAAACAAACUACAGAUGGAUAACUCCACCUAUUCUAAUUCCUCUGGUGGAAAUGUGACAAGUCUUAACCUUCAGGACAGUCCCUACAAGACAGUGGAGGUUGUAUUUAUUGUUCUUGUUGCUGGAUCACUGAGUCUGGUCACAGUAAUUGGUAACAUUCUUGUCAUGGUUUCCAUUAAGGUCAAUAGGAACCUACAGACAGUAAAUAAUUACUUUCUUUUCAGUUUGGCAUGUGCAGACCUAAUUAUCGGUGUUUGCUCCAUGAACUUGUAUACAGUUUACACUGUCAUUGGAUACUGGCCUUUGGGACCUGUUGUUUGUGACCUGUGGCUAGCCUUGGAUUAUGUCGUCAGCAACGCUUCUGUAAUGAAUCUGCUAAUUAUCAGCUUUGACCGGUACUUCUGUGUCACCAAACCACUUAGCUAUCCAGUUAAGCGGACCACCAAAAUGGCUGGCAUGAUGAUUGCAGCUGCUUGGGUCUUAUCAUUUAUCCUGUGGGCACCAGCAAUCCUGUUUUGGCAGUUCAUAGUGGGAGGCCGGACCGUGCCUGAAAAGGAGUGCUACAUCCAAUUUUUUUCCAAUGCAGCUGUUACCUUUGGGACUGCAAUAGCAGCAUUUUAUUUGCCAGUUAUCAUUAUGAUGGUCCUUUAUUGGCAGAUCUCUAGGGCAAGUAAGAGUCGUAUCAAAAAGGAUCACAGGAAACCUUCUUCCAAUCAGGACCCCAUUUCCCCCAGCCUAGUGAGAGGCCAGAUUGUAAAACCAGACAACAAUAAUGUGAGUGCUGAAGAAGAAGAACAAGGUUCAAAUCUGAAUCAGAACCAGCACCUCUUAAGUCAACAUCAGAACAAGUUACAGAAUGGCAAAGCCCCAUCUUCGGCUGAAGGAGAAUGUGGUAAUAAAAGUAUGCAAAACUGUUCUCAGAAUGAGGAAAAGGAGAGCUCAAAUGACUCUACCUCUCUCAGUGUUGUUGCUACUAAUACAAAAGAUGAAGAGAUGGUAGUUGAUCUCAAAGAAACAUCCUGCGUUCCAAGUCAGCAACCUACACGACACAGAGCAAAAGCAGAGGGCUCAAAGCUCACUUGUAUUAAAAUUGUUACCAAAUCUCCAAAAGGAGACUGUUGUCCAACUAAUACCACAAUAGAGAUUGUCCCUGGAGCAGAGAAACAAAAUUUAGUAGCUCGUAAGAUUGUGAAAAUAACUAAGCAACCCCCGAAGAAAAAAAAGAAUCCCCCAUCCAGGGAGAAAAAAGUAACAAGGACCAUACUUGCUAUUCUGUUAGCAUUUAUUGUCACCUGGACACCCUACAAUGUGAUGGUGCUUAUCAACACCUUCUGUUCUAGUUGUGUACCCAACACCGUUUGGACCAUUGGCUACUGGUUGUGUUACAUCAAUAGCACCAUUAAUCCAGCCUGCUAUGCCCUGUGUAAUGCAACAUUUAAAAAGACCUUUAAACAUCUCCUACUCUGCCAGUAUAAGAACAUCGGAGCUGCCAGAUAGGAAUCUAGCAUAUUUUGAUGAUUUUUUUUUUUUUUUAAUAAAAGUAACUGUCUAGCACUUUAUACUGAUACAAAGAACAGAAAUUGUUAUAAUAAGGAAAAUAUAUUCUCUGCUAUUUAGGGCAAUUUAAAGCAUUCACAAGCAAAAUGAAAACUGGAACCAUGUGUUUUACAGAUAAUUUAUAUUAAUUAAUGAAAAUAAGGAUGACACAAAUUUAUCUUUAAGAUUACAGCUAAACAGUCAACAUUGUUUUAAAACCUGCUAAUCAUCUUGGGACUUCACACUGACUCUUAUCAAGUAUUAAUACAUAAGAAUAUCUAGUAAGAUGAAACUCAUUAUGUAAUGAUUGAGUAGAAAAAAAGUUUGUUUGACUUUUUCCUCACAUAGUUGAGAAAAAGAUCAUUUAAACAUUGGGAAAAAUUUUUAUCAGAAUAUAUAAAAUACAAAAUUCUUGCGCACACACACACACACAUACUCACUCUAAAAUGUAAUAUUCACAGAAUGCUCAAAUUUAAAUAUUUACACUACAUAAAAAUUAGACACAUACAGGAAUUAUUACAUUUGAUGGAUAUCAAUGAAUACAUAGGUGUACUGUACAUACAAAUAUAUAACCAUCUGGUGUAUACCAAUUAAUAAUACAUAAAACAAGAACCUUGUAAUAUACUUAAAUACAUGCAGUAAAUAAGCAAGCAGUCAGAAUUGAUACAGCAAAAACAAAAUUCCCUUCAAUGUUGUCUUUCCUUUUAAGGCAAGUAAAUAAUUAAACAUACUUUAAAUGUUUUUAGUACACUUAUAGUAUAUUGAAUUAAAGUAUCAAAAAAUUAUUAAUAAUACAGAAACAUAUAACUCCAAAUUCCUGAGUUCCAGUCCUUGAAACAAA